AUGAAGCAACCAGCAAAUACCAAAUAGAAUAUUUACUAUGAAGGAAAAACGUAAGAGGAACUUGUAAAUUAAUGCUUUGAUUUUUCGAAAUCGGCUGUGCCCUCGUAUAUUUCAGAUGAAAAAUUAAACUCGGCAAGAAUUAUGAUUUUAAUUCCAUCAUUAUUGACAUUUUUUGCAGCCUUGUCUAUAUUAGACACAGUAAGAUUAUUUCUAUAUUUCACUGAUUGGGGCAUGCAUAUUACCAAUAUUUCAAUCAUUCUGACUAUUCUAGCAUCAUCAAGUGAUAAAUGUAAAAGCAGCUUAAGAUUCAGAGAGUUUUCUGGUUAUCUUACUGAGUUGGCCCUAAUUUCUUAGUUCAUUAUUAUUACUAUCUACUGGACUACAAUACAUAUCAAAGUAAUAGAAUAUACUGAAGAACUUGCAAAAACAGACCCCAAUCAUGCUUAUUAUUACUAUCAGCUUAUGAUUUAUAAGCAUUUCCUCCCUGGACUCUGUGCUCUACUAAAUGUUAUUAUUUCCGAGAUUAUAUUCGUUCCCUAUCAUUUAAAGUACAUGAUUGUUUAUGGUAUGGUCUACUGUUUGGUGAAUUAUACAUGUACUAAAAUUUUAGGUGGACCUCUCUACCAUUUCUUGACUUGGGAAGACUACUGGUCAAUUGUGAUUUGCGUAGGAAUUACAAUUCCUAAUGCAUUGGUUUAUUACGUGUUUUGCAAGAUAAUUAGAUUUUUAAGAUUAAAGCCAUUAAACAUCGAUAAAAUUGAUUGA